AUGAAUAUUUAAUAAGCAAGAAAUUAAAUUUAAUAAUAAUUAGGUGUGUACUUGAAUGAGACUUCGUUAAAGACUAUCAAAGAGUUCCAAGAGGCGAAGAAGAAUAAAAAGCAAGCUGAUCCAAUCAUUUAAAUAAAGAAAUAAACUCCAGAGUGUUUUCAGAUACCAUAAUAAGAUGAAGUAGUAAUUAAUUUGGACGAGUUCAAAUUUGAACCUCACGUAAAAUAAAAGAGUUGGCAAACUCAAUUGUUGGAAGCAUAAUAAAAAUAGUAACCCAUUUAUCAUCAGAUAUAUGGAUAUUGUUUAGAAUAAUUUAAAUUUGAUUCGAUUAUGGAAAGAUUAUAACUUUUGCGAAAAUCGCUUUUUAAAAAGAAAAUGCCAAAUGGUGACAUACAAAAAAUAGAAGAAUUCAUUCCGUUUUAUACUCUUAGAAGAAUGGCAAUGUAACUACCUACUGAUGCUUCUGAGAUGAAUAGUAUGUUGCAAGAUCACUUCGUUACAGAGGCUUUCUUGAAGGAAAUUAGAUACUUUUUGAAAUAAUAAAACAUAGACAAAGGUUUAAUAUUUUAUCACCCUAAAAUGUAUGAAUAGAGUGAUGACUAAUUAGAAUAGUUGUUAGCUGAAUUCGUUGAAUUAGACAAAUAAGGAUCAAGUGGAUUGGAGGAGGAAAUAAAAGUGUUUCCUUCUACCUAAUUAAAAUGCUGA